AUGGACCCCGGGCCGCUGUCCGCAGGCUCUCCCGAGCAAUCAGCAAGCUCCGACAGGCCACUAAACGUGAGCGACGCGCUCAGCUACCUCGACUCUGUCAAGGCGCAGUUCUCGGAGCAGCCGGAGGUCUACAACAAGUUCCUGGAUAUCAUGAAGGAUUUCAAGAGUCAAUACAUCGACACGCCCGGGGUCAUUGAACGCGUGUCAAACCUCUUUCACGGUCAUCCUGCGCUUAUCCAGGGGUUCAACACCUUUUUGCCCGCCGGCUAUCGCAUCGAAACCGGCGACAAUGCAGACCCCAACUACAUCACCGUCACCACUCCUGCUGGCACCACCACGCAAGCGACCAACGCCGCAUUCAAGUACUCUGGCGUCGGCAACCGACCUCCGACCGAGAAGAAGUACGCGCAGGACUCCGUCCCGGCCGUUUCGCAGGAGACUUUGAAGCCCGCCCUUGAGUUCAUGGCCAAGAUCCGAUCCAAGUACCCCAAUCAGCCCGAAGUCUACAACCAGUUCCUGUCGCUACUCAUGGAGACGGCAGAUCUCGCUACUCAACGGUCGAGCAAGGACAUCCGGGGGAUGGAGUCGUGGUCGGUCGCAUGCCUCUCCGCCAAGUGGCCGCAAGAGCACGACCUGAUUCAUCGCAUCAUGGACCUGUUCCGUGAACACACCGACAUCAUGCGCGACUUUGUCCAGUUUCUCCCCGACGAGCAGAUGAAGCAGGACGAACUCGUGCGAAUCGCGGAGCUGGAACGGAGAAAGAGAAGAGAAGGAAACACCUCCCGUCAAAGCGUCGAGCACAAAGGUACGGAUAAGCUUGUUCCGGAGCAGAAAGCGAAGACGCGUACACAAAGCGAAGGCCCUUCUCCCGCCCUUGCACAACGUCAAGCUGCUCCCCCUGCUUCACCCGCUCGCGCACCCCCGCAACCCCCGCCUCCGCAAAACUUCUACCCGCACCAUCAGCAAGGUCCCGCAGGCAUGGCCGGUCCAGGACAACCGUCUUCCACCGCUCGUCCUCCCAACGAUUUCUUUGAACGCGUCAAGGCUUUCCUAGACCCUCCGACGUACAAUGAGUUCCUCAAGCUGAUCAACCUCUUUACCCAAGACAUCAUCAAUUCCACCCGACUGGUGCGGGAAGCACGCACAUUCCUCGGCGAGACGGAAUACGUGAUGAUGCUCAAGGACAUUCUCGGCUGGGAUGUGAACAAAGAACGCAUGGCUGUCCAAGAAGAGACCUGGACGAGACCCAUGGGCGUCUUGGACCGCCCCAACCGGAAUCAGCUUCAUCUGCGAUACGGUAGCUACCGGAAACUCCCUGACCAUGAGGUCAAUGUCCAAUGCUCCGGGCGCGACGAGAUGUGCAACUCGGUGUUGAACGAUCGAUGGAUAGCACAACCUACGUUCCCUAGCGAGGACGCCGGGUUCUUCACAGCCAAAAAGAACCAGUACGAAGAAGCCCUGCAUCGAAGUGAGGAGGAACGGCACGAAUACGACUUCCACGUCGAGGCGAUCCACCGCACCAUCGCCGUGCUCGAACCGCUACACAACAAGAUCGCGACAAUGCCCCCUGAAGAGCGCGGCAACUUCAAGCUCAAGGCGAACCUCGGCGGCGUCGGAAAGGCGGUGCACCAGCGGGUGAUCAAGAAGAUCUAUGGGCGGGAUAUCGGGAAUGAGGUGUGGAUACAGAUGCAGGAGGCCCCCGCAACCGCGAUCCCCAUCGUACUGCUCCGGCUGAAGCAGAAGCACGAAGAGUGGAAGCGGGCGCAGCGCGAGUGGGACAAGGUCUGGCGCGAGGUCGACGCGCGCAACUACCACAAAUCGCUUGACUACCAGGCGGUCACGUUCCGCGCCGAGGACAAGAAGGCGAUCACCCAGAAGGCGUUCGUCACCCAGAUCGAGGCUGCACGAGACGAGCAGCGCGUCGGCCGCGCGGCGCUCAUCGACCCGCUCCUCGCACGCACGCGGCCCCGCCACCAGCUCGAGUUCGUCGUCGACGACCCGUCCGUCCUCCAGGAUACGCUCAAGCUCGCCAUCUCGUUUCUCGACCGGACUCAGGGCCAGGUUUCGCUCUUCGACCGGCGCAAGAUUGAGACGUUCCUGCGCUCAUUCGUCCCGCUCUUCUUCAUGCUCGAUCCCGUCGCGUUUAACGCCGCAUUCGUUCCGCAUCACGAGACCGUCGACGACGGCGACGGCGAGACGGUCAGCGAGGAUGUGGAGAUGGCGAGCGUGAAUGGCGGCGGCUCAUCGUCACGGUCACGGAACAACAAGAAGGGCGCCGGCGCCGGCUCUGGGGACCUGCGCAAGCGGCUUCUCAAGAGCGAACAGGCGAAGUCGAGCCGACGGACUCGCGCGCAGGAAGCUCUGUCCCCAUCCCCGUCGCGGCUCACUUCGCCCACGCCCUCCGACGCCAUGCAAGUGGACGGAGAGGCGCCCAGAGCGGAGAAUGGCGUGGUGCGGAUGGAGAAGGUGUCUACCCGGAGAAAGGGCACGUUCUAUACGAACACCGCGUUCUAUGUGCUGCUUCGUCUACUAGAGCUUCUGUACUCCCGCCUCAACUUGUUUAAGAACUUGACCAAGGAGAAGACUGACCGUAGCAACUACUCGUCGCCGCCCUUCACAUUUCCUUCGGAUCAAGCUGCUUACUUUUACGAACUUAUGCUCGAGUCUUGCGAGAAGCUGUUUGACAACGAAGUUGAGCAGACGGACUUUGAGGAAAUGCUGCGCUACAUGUUUGGUCUCACCCACGCUUACAAGAUGUUCACCAUAGAUAAGCUCAUCGGCGCGCUGAUCAAGCAGGUCCAGAUUAUCCUCUCCGACUCCAAGAGUCAGGACCUUUACGAGCUUCUGCGGAAGGAGCGCGAGAUUCCGAGUCCCACCACUCAAGACCUUAUCAACUGCCGGCGGAAUACCGAACGCGUCCUUGGCCCCGACGAGAACUUGUUCCGCAUGGACUGGCUCAUGGAUGCAAAGACGAUGACGAUCCAGCUCAUCGGCAAGGACGACGACCGCCAUGAUGAUCCCGAAGCGAUGACGGAGCGUUGGCAGGCCUACAUCGAGUCGUUCGUGUCACAUCACUACACCGCUGGGGUGCCGACAUCGUCCACGAUCAGGAGACCAUUCCUCCUUCGGACAAAGAUUCCUGCCCCGACGGGUGCGAUGCCAGAUAUCAUCGCCCGCGGCGGGCUCCAGAUCAAGGUCUGCGUGCGCACCUAUCGCCUGUUCUUUGUUUCGGGCUCGGAAGACGUCAUGUACCGUCUAUCGUCGAGCAAGGAGCGGGAUGAAGCUCGGAGGCUGGUCGAGGCUCGCAACAAGCGGCGGCAAGAGUGGCUGGUCUCUUCCAUAGCGGACGGCACGAAGGAUGCACCGAUCGACGUUGCCAUGGACGCGGAGGAGCCUGCGUCGUUGUCAUCCCCGACAACGGUCAAAGCGCCUGCGGAAGUCCCUGUUGCAGUGGUUCCAACUGUCGCUGCACCAGAACCUGAUAUCGCGGACAUUCAGAUGGAGGAUGCGACUUCAUCGAGCAGGCCUGCGGUAACGACCUUGGUGGCUCCCAGAGACAUGCCUAAGGCCGAAUCAGCCCCCAAUCGGGACCACAUGGAGACACCUCGCCCUUCGGAAUCCGCCCCACUUGCAUCCACCUCUACUGCCAUCGAGCCAUUAACACCGGCAUUGUCCAACCUCCCUGACACCGCCGCGGAUCCAUCCACGGUACCUCAUCCAUCUGCUUUUGCAGCUCCCAGCGCGGCAGAGAAGGCUCCAUCACUCCCGUCUGUCCCCUCCGCAAGAACCCUUCCCGAGCUUGGUUCCAUCCCUGAGUCAGUAAAUGUGCCUUGGACUGCACCUGUGCUCGCGCCCGCACCCACAUCAGAGAUUGCGUCCGUGCCACUCGGCGCUGGUGACACUGCAGCACCCCCAUCGCCUCUUGCCGCACCUCCGUCAUGA